AUGGGUGGGCACAAGGACGAGGACCGCCAGCGCCCGGCGAGACCAGCGCAGCCAGCCUCGGAGGAGCAGGAGACAGAGUCGGCCAGCACAGAGGGGGUUGGCCCCGUACGGAGACACCGCACGGGCCGCCGUAGCAAGGCCCGAAAGGCGAGGGCCCUGGCAGGGCAGGACCCUGACGACCAAGAGGCCACUGCAGGCCAUGCGACACCACCCGCAGAGGGGCUGUCCCUAGAGGCCAAAGACAGGCCAGGCAACGGUCGGCGGGGUCGCGGGCCAGGAGAGAGCCGUGGGGGGCACCCAAAGGAGAAGGAAGAGGGCCUGGUCCAAGUAGAGGCGCGGACUCGCCGCCGGAGGAGGGGAGCUGGCCAGGGACCUUCAGCUUGUCGGAGCCGCUCAAAGCCCCCUAGCCUUGGUGGAAACACGUCGGGCGGGGAUGCGGGCAGCUCCUGCCAGGACAGCGAAGCCCGCGAGGCGCGGGAGAGAGGCAGCCAGGGCGGCAGGGCCCCGGAGUCGCGGCAGCCAGAGUCGGAGCCGGCAGACUCGAGCUCCGAGGGGAUCAACACUGGGCAGGGAUCAGGGCUCGAGCAGCCGGAACCAGGCGGCGAUGAGCCCCUGGUCGAGCGGAGCACCGGGAAAGGCCCUCGGGGAACCGGCGGGGAUUCCGGCAGCGGCGCCGCCUUGGCUCUGAAUGCAGAGCAGCUGGGGGAGAGGCGGACGCACGGCCCCGAGGCCGAAGGAGCCGGGCCGCGUGCGCACGGCCAGGGCGGAGGGCAGGUGCUGGCGGAAGCGCGUCCGGGCAGCGCCGCGCCGCUGGCCGCCUUGGUGGUCGUCCACAGGCUCCGCGCCCGGUCCCCGCCGGGCAGCGCACCCAAAGCCGCGGGUCCCCGUGGCGCCAGCCUCAAGGAGCGGGUCCUGCGCGUGGUGCGGGCGCUGGGCCUCGUGCGGUGGCUGCAGCGGCGCACUCGGCAGGCCGCCGGCGAGGAGCCGGAGCCGGGGUGCCAGGGGCCCCGGAGCGAGGGGCGCCGCCGCGGGCCGGGACUACGGCGCCGGCUAGCGCUGCGCCUGGCGGGGCUCGCGCGGCUCGGGGCGCCUCCACGGAGUCCCCUUGGCGACGGCACUGGAUCCUCACAGGCCCGGGAUAGCCCAGCGCCGGCCGGCGGAGACCUCACACCGGAUCCCAAGUUCGCUGUGGUGUUCCCCAGGAUCCACAGGGCCGCGGAGGAGCCGAGCAACGGGAGCUUCCAGGAUGCCCCCGUGGACCCCGCCACCACGCAGGACCGUGUCUUGGCUCCUACGCAGGACGGAGAGGAGCAAUGGGCGAGUGGGGAAGCGGGGGCUGGGCCCCAGCGCGACUCCCUCUUCGCCCCAGCUUCUCCCGACGACUCUCCCCUGGACGAGGACUGCUCCCGCAGGCAAGCAGAAGCCGAAACCCCUGUGCACUGGGCGCAGGACUCCGUCCCCCGCCAGGACCCCGAGCCUGGCCCUGACACCCUGCUGCCCCGACUCACCUUGGAGACCCGUCUGCGCAGCGGGGGGAGCCUGCGGCCCUGCGGGUCCCUGAGGGAACGGUGGGAGCCGGAGGAUGAGGUCGAGGAAGCGCUGGAGAGGGCCCUGGAGCUGAGCCUGGGACAGGGUGCGGAGGCGCCCGCCAGCCUGACGGUGGAUGGCUGGAGCCUGGCAGAGGGGCUGGAGGACGUGGAGGAUCUGGCCCGGCUGCGGCUGUUGUGUGAGAGCUCCGUACUGCUAUGCCUUAAGAAGAGGUUCCACCUGGGCCGCAUCUACACUUUUGGGGGUUCCCUUCUGCUGGCUCUGAACCCCCACCGCCCCCUGCCUCUCUUCUCACCCGCGGUCCUGGCCAGCUACCAUCCCAGGAAGACCCUCAGCAGCACGCCGCACAUCUUUGCUGUGGCUGCAGCUGCCUACAGCCUGUCUCAGACCCCUGGCCAGGCCCCCUGCGUCCUCCUGAGCGGGCACAGUGGCACAGGGAAGACGGAAGCCGCUCGGAAGCUGGUGCAGUUCCUGAGCAGCCUGGGGCCGGAGCAGGCAAGAGACAGAGUGCACCAGCUGGCCGAGGUACUGCCCAUGCUUAGCAGCUUUGGACAUGCCAAGACCAUCCUCAAUGCCAACGCCAGCCGCUUCGGCCAGGUCUUCCGCCUCUUCCUGCAGGAUGGGGUCGUCGUGGGAGCCUCCAUGUCCCACUAUCUGCUUGAGACCUCCAGGGUGGUGUUUCAGGCGCAGGCUGAGCGGAGCUUCCAUAUUUUCUAUGAGCUGCUGGCAGGACUGGACUCUGCCGAAAGGGAGCAGCUGUCCCUGCAGGACCCGGAAACCUACUACUUCCUCAACCAGGGCCGCGCCUGCUGGCUUCAGGGCAAGGAGGAUGGCCAGGACUUCACAGGAUUGACCAGGGCCAUGCAGCUGCUGGGCCUGCACCCUGAGGAGCUGGCCGGGGUCUGGGCCAUGCUGGCCGCCAUCCUGCACCUGGGCAACAUCUGCUUCUGCUCCUCCGAGAGGGAGUCCCAGGAGGUGGCUGUUGUGGCCAGCUGGGCCGAAAUCCACACAGCAGCUCGGCUGCUGCAGGUGGCACCAGAAGGUCUGGAAGCAGCUGUCACCAGGAGAGUCAUGGAUACGCCCUAUGGCCAUGUCUCAAAAUCGCUGCCCGUGGAAAGUGCCAUCGAUGCCAGGGACACCCUGGCCAAGGCCUUGUACUCCCGGCUCUUCAGCUGGCUCCUGCAAAAGAUGAAUGCACAGCUGGCUGCCCCGGGGGACGGGCACAGCCCAAGUACCAUCACUGUGGUGGACGCCUAUGGCUUUGAGGCGCUGCGGGUGAAUGGCCUGGAGCAACUGUGCAACAACCUCGCCAGCGAGCGCCUGCAGCUCUUCUGUAGCCAGAAGCUGCUGGCCCAGGAGGAGGAGGUGUGUCAGCGGGAGCUGCUGCCCUGGGUGCCCAUCGCGCAGCCUCCGCGGGAGUCCUGCCUGGACCUCCUAGAGGGCCAGCCCCACAGCCUCCUGACUCUCCUGGACGCCCAGACCUGGUUGGCCCAGGCCACAGACCACACCUUCCUCCAGAAGUGCCACUAUCACCAUGGCAACCACCCCAGCUAUGCCAAGCCCCAGCUGCAGCUGCCCAUCUUCACCGUGAGGCACAAUGCCGGGAGUGUCACCUACCAGGUUCACAAGUUUCUAAACAGGAACCGGGAUCAACUGGACCGGGCCGUGGAGGAGUUGCUGGCUCAGAGCCGGCUGGAGCUGGUGGGCAGCCUCUUCCAGGCAGCAGAGCUCCGGGUGGAGGACAGAUCAGCCCGAGGCACACUGGCCUCUCGCUUUCAGCACUCUCUGAGUGCCCUCCUCAUGGAGCUGGGCAGGAGCCACAUCCAUGUCAUCCAGUGCCUCAGCCCCAACCCGGGGAAGUUCCCUGGCCUCUUCGAUGUGAACCAUGUGGCGGAGCAGCUGCGCCAGGCCGGUGUCCUGGAGGCUGUGGCUGCCCGCCAUGUCCACUUCCCUGUGCGCCUGCCUUUUCAGGUCUUCCUGGCCAGGUUCCGGGCCCUGGGGCCAGAGGGGCAGGGAGAAACCCCUGACCGUGAGAGGUGUGGCGCCAUCGUGAGCCAAGUGUUGGGGGUGGAGUCCCCGCUGUGUCAUCUCGGAGUCACCCAGGUGCUGCUGCAAGAGCAGGGCUGGCAGCGGUUGGAGCAGCUCAGGGACCGACAGUGUUCCCGGGCCCUGCUCACCCUGCGCCGCGGCCUCCGCGUGUGCAUGCGCAAUCGGCGCCUUCGCCUCCUGCCCCGGCUGCAGGCGCGUGUGCGCGGGCUACAGGCCAGGAAACGCUACCUGCGACGGAGAGCCGCUCUGGGACAGCUCAGCACCAUGCUGUUGGUGGCCCGGCCCCUGCUCUGGAGACACCGGAGACGGCGGCAGCUUGGGCACUGGUGCGGCUGGCACGACGGAGCUGCCUCUAAGAAAAUGCCAAGCAUGGAGCUGGGGCGCCUGGAGAUCCCGGCCGAGCUGGCCGCCACCCUGAAGACAGCACGAGGCCACCUGGACAGCCUGGCCCGGAGCAUCACAGAAUGCGUGCCCCCUGAGGUCCCCGCCCGGCCCCGCCUCAGCCUCCCACCAGAUAUCAACCAGCAUCCUUUCUCCACCUUUGUGUCUACCCACUUUCAGGAGCCAACCCUGCCCAGCCCAGGGCAGCCACUGGCCAAGCCCCUGACACGGCUGGAUAGGGAGAACGCUCAGCCCGCCCUGGACGUCAACAGGGUGAUGCUGCGGCUCCUGGGCGAUGGGACCCUGUCUCCGUGGCAGGAGCAGGCUCUGGGCUUGUACCUGGUGCGGCAAGGCCAGCGCCACCUGGGGCUCCGGGAUGAGAUCUUCAGCCAGCUGGUGGCCCAGCUCUGGCACAACCCGGACGAACAGCAGAGCCAGCGCGGCUGGGCCCUCAUGGCCGUCCUGCUCAGCACCUUCCCCCCAACACCGGCCCUGCAGAAGCAGCUGCUCAAGUUCGUAUCUGACCAUGCUCCCCACGGCAUGGCAGCGCUGUGUCAGCAUAAACUGUUGGGGGCCCUGGAACAGACGCCGCUGGCCCCUGGGGCAGCCCGGGCCCACCCCCCGACCCAGCUGGAGUGGACGGCCGGAUGGCGGCGGGGCCGCAUGGCAGUGGAUGUGCUCACCUUCAACGAGGAGUGCUACUCAGCUGAGGUGGAGUCGUGGACCACGGGGGAGCAGCUGGCAGGGUGGAUCCUGCAGAGCAGAGGCCUAGAAACUCCCCCUCGUGGCUGGUCCGUGUCACUGCACUCCGGGGAUGCCUGGCAGGACUUGGCCGGCUGCGACUUUGUGCUGGAUCUUAUCGGUCAGACGGAAGACCUGGGCGACCCAGCGCAACCCCGAGGCUACCCCAUCGCUCCCACUGGCCUAGCUGAGGACAUCCCCCCUGCCCCUGGCGUCCAGGCCCCCACACUACCCCCAGGCCUCCCUCCAGGUCCAGCUCCAACACUGCCCGGUGGGGGACUCACAGGGGAGACCCGUCCGCCAGGGAGCCUGGAGGGCUUUCUCGACAACCUCUUUGAGCCGGUCUUCUCCCCAGGCCUCAGGGACCUGGAGGAAGGCUGGGCACUGAGCAGCCGCAUGAAGGGCGGGGGUGGCAUCGGGACACCGCAGGCAGGCUACCCCCUUGUGUACCCAGGGAUGAUGCAGGUGCCCAGCUACCAGCCAGCCAUGAUCCCCACACCUAUGCCCAUGAUGCCAGCGAUGGGCACAGUCCCCACCAUGCCAGCCAUGAUGGUGCCACCACAGCCACAGCCGCAGCCCCUGCUCCCCAGCCUGGACACGAGGCAGCUAGCGGCCCAGCAGCAGAAUUUCAUCAACCAACAGGCCAUGAUCUUGGCCCAGCAGAUGACCACGCAGGCCAUAAGCCUGUCCCUGGAGCAGCAGACACAGCACCGCCAGCGGCAGGCGCAGGCAUCCCUGGAGGUCGCCCGUGACCCACCCCCAGCUGUCACCCCAAAGCCCAAGAAGCCGCCUACUCCCCGGGUAGAGCCAAAGCAAGAUCCGGAACCCGUGGUUGUCAGCUUGAGGGAACCCCCAGAGGAGGAUGUCCCUGAUGGCUUCUGGCGUCCCAAGAGCUUCCAGCAGAAACGGGACUAUUUCCAGAAGAUGGGGCAACAGCAGGUAAUAUUGAAGAAGGUGAGGCCUCCAGCCAAGAUCGAGAUCCCCCAGGGGGAGGAGGAAGAGGAGGAGGAGGACGCAGUAGUUCUGCACAGCUGUGCUUAACAAUCUUUCCCCUUCCUGGCAGUGCCUGCCCCACCUCCUCCCCCUCCGGUCACCAAGAAGCCCUUGAAACAAAGUAAGCACAAAGCUACAAAAGAGGCUGAGGCAGAGCCAGCAAAGCCAGUGCCUGCCCCUGCUCCUCCUCCCCCUCCAGUCACCAAGAAGGCUGAGCCAGCAGUGCACAACGUGAGCCCCACAAGCCAGCGGCCAGAACCCAGCAGGGAAAUCCGUAACAUCAUCCGGAUGUACCAGAGCCGCCCCGGGCCUGUGCCCGUGCCUGUAGAGCCAUCUAGGCCCCCCAAAACCUUUGGGAAGAAAAACGACCCUAAGGACGAGGCUCUGGCCAAAUUGGGGAUCCAUGGCGCCCACUCCCCCCCUGCGAUGCUGUCCCCUGGCCUAGGGAAGGAACCCCCGCCGGCUAUAGCUCCUCGGCCCAAGGACAGCCCGAGGCCUGGGCCCUCCAGCUCCAUCAGGGCAAAGCAGGAGCCACUUCGAGACCUGUUUAGCCAGAACCGGCUCAUCGCAAAUGCACCCCCACCUGCCCCAGCACCCCCCUGCCCACUGCCGGCGCCCCCCUUGCCUCCACCUGAAGACUCCAGGACCCUUUCGACAAAGCCUCAUGGCUUGCUGGAGCCCAUGAGGGACCAAGGGCUCUCCACCCAGUUACUGGCGUCUUCGGGCAGCGUGUGCUUUUCAUACACCAGCGCCCCCUGGAGGCUGUUCCUGCGCAAGGAGGUGUUUUACCCCCGGGAGAACUUCAGCCACCCCUACAGCCUCAGGCUCCUCUGUGAGCAGAUCCUGCGGGACACCUUCACUGAGUCCUGCAUCCGUAUCUCCCCCGAAGAACGGAGCCGAAUGAAAGAGCUACUGGGAGACCUGGAGGUAGGCCUGGACUCCCUCGGCACUGCCGAGGACAGCGUGAAGAAGCGCAUCGUGGUGGCCGCUCGGGACAACUGGGCCAAUUACUUCUCACGCAUCUUUCCGGUCUCGGACGGCCAUGGCAGUGAUGUGCAGCUGCUGGGUGUGUCACACCGGGGGCUGAGGCUGCUUAAGGUGACCCCAGGCCCCAACAUGCACCUGAACCCGCUGAAGACACUGUGUUCCUACAGCUUUGCUGAGGUGCUGGGCGUGGAGUGCCGGGGUGUCUCCACCCUGGAGUUGUCGCUGACCAGGGAGCAGCUGGUGCUGUACUCGGCCCGGGCCCAGGCCAUCAAGGCCUUGGUGGAACUGUUCCUGAAUGAGCUCAAGGAGGACUCGGGCUACGUGGUCGCCCUGCGCAGCCACAUCACGGAUGACCGCAGUCUGCUGAGCUUUCACCGUGGAGACCUCAUCAAGUUGGUGCCGGUGGCCAGCCUGGAGCCAGGCUGGAUGUUCGGCUCGGCUGAAGGCCGUUCAGGGCUUUUUCCUGGCAACCUGGUGCAGCCAGCUGCGGCUCCCGAUUUCUCCUUCUCGGAGCAGCCGGGCAACCGGCGGCGCAGGAGUCAGCUGGGGGAGCCAGGCCUGGCCCAGUGGAGCAGAGUCUCGGAGCCCUCUGCCCAGCGUCGCAGCCAGGCAUUCGGUGACAACUCGGAGGAAGGCAGCCAGCACUCCUCCACGGCCUAUGCGUCCCUGCCCGCGGACACCCACAGCUACACCAUGCAGGAAUUUGCCCAGCGUUACUUCCGUAGACCUCAGAGCCCGCUGGACCAGCGAGAGGAGGGGAAGAUCGCAGCCAGCCUGGUGCGGUACACCAAGGUACCCAUCCAGGAGUCACUCAUCGACUUUGAUGACGAAAACAGGAGCAGACAAGCCGUGGCCAGCUUCCAGGCUUUGAUGCAGUUCAUGGGGGACCAGUCGAAGCCCUGGGGCAAGGACUCGGUCAAUCUGCUCUAUGACCUGCUGAAGCUGAGCCACGAGGAGAACCUCAGAGAUGAGAUUUACUGUCAGGCCAUCAAGCAGGUCACCGGACACCCCCGGCAGGAACGCUGUACUCGAGGCUGGAGCUUCCUUAGGCUCCUCACGGGCUUCUUCGCCCCAUCAAGCACGCUGAUGCCAUACGCGACCAAGUUCUUCCAGGAUUCGAGCCCCAGCCAAGCGCUGGCCCGCACCUGCCAAGACAACCUCCAGCGCACCAUCAAAUAUGGGGGCCGCCGGCGCCUGCCCCCUCAGAGCGAAAUGAAGGCUUUCCUGAAGGGGCAAGGGGCCCGCCCACUUCUUAUUCACAUGCCUGGCAGCACGGAAUAUAAGACGAACAUUCAGAUGUUCACGGUGGUAGGAGAAGUGCUGGAGGAGCUGUGUGGGAAGAUGGGCAUCAGUGACUCCCAGGAAGUGCAGGAAUUCGCUCUCUUCCUCAUCAAAGGGAAUGAUGAACUCGUGCGGCCCCUGUGGUCCCACGAGUACCUCAACAGCGUGCUGGUGCAUGAGAGGGUAAGCCUGCACAGCCGGCGGCUCUGCUGGGAGACCCCACUGCACUUCGACAACUCCGUCUACAUCAGCACCCACUUCAGCCAGGUGCUGCGCGACUAUCUACAGGGGAAACUGGCACUCAGUGCCCAGGCAGAUGCCCACCUGGCUAGGCUGGCUGCCCUCCAGCUCGUGGGCAAGGGUGACAAGAACCCUCCUUCAGAGCAACAACUGCUCACCUACAUUCCGAAGAUGCUGCACUGGCAGGUGGACAUGACCACCAUAAGGAAUCUGCUGGAACAGGAGCUGAAGGAGCUGCAGGGACACAGCACUCAGGAAGCCCAGAUCAGCUUCAUCAAGGCCACAAGCCAGCUGCCCCUCUUUGGCUACACUGUCUACCUGGUGAUGCGAGUGAGCACCCAGUCCCUGACUAGACCUGCACUGCUGGGGCUCAGCCGCCAGCACCUCCUCCUGAUGGAGCCCAGCUCCCAGAAAACAUACAUCUCCAUCGCCCUGAAGGACCUGCAGCAGCUCCACUUGCUGAGUCCGAUGGAGAAGGGGGCUCCCCCUGGUCUGGAAAUCAAUUAUGGCUCGGUGGAUAGCCCUCAGACCAUCUGGUUUGAGCUGCCGCAGGCCCAGGAGCUGAUGUACACCAUUGUCUUCCUGCUGGACGGCUGCACGUCCAUGGCCCAGUGGCCCGGCCUCCAAUGAGGGGAGGAGGAGGAAGAGGCCUUUUGUGGCCUGAGUUGGCCUUGGUGCCGUCAGGUCAUCUGCUUUGGACUCUAUCCCUUGGCUCUGUUCUGGAAUCCAGCAGCCCGAGUGGAAACCAUGGGGACAGGGGCUACUGCAGUGAUGGCAACUGGAAGGCAGGCAGAAGCUGGACUCACUCAAGGGUGGGCUCCAGGCGCUGGGGCCUGCCCAAGCUCCCUGCUAGCAUGAACCCAAGUGUGGGGGACGCAGCUGCUGAGGAAAUAAAACUCCUGAGAGCAAA